GGUCAGCGGGCGCUGAGGCGGCGGCGGGGUUCGCGCCGCGCUCCGGGGCCGCUGCGACCUCCCCGUGCCCAACCCCGCCCACCAAGGCCGUGGUUCCGUGCUCGGGGACCCCUGCAGCCCUCACCCCAGCUCUGAGCCCCCGCUUCUCCCACCCCCGGGCCCCGCAGCGCUCCCACGGCUGGCCCCCACGGCCUCGUUGUCCGGUGUCAAUGUCUCGGCUCGCGUGUCCCGGCCGCCGGAUCCGGUUUCCCCGCUGCAAUCUCACCCCAGCACUGGGGGAUCGGAUUCGGAGCCUGGAGGGAGGGCGGUGAGCCCCGAGCACCGGGCAGGAACCAUCAUGUUCCUGUUCAUCCGCGGCUCCCAGCGCCGCGCCCCCGGCAGCCCCCUGCCCUCCCCCUGCCGAGCUCCCCCGGGGGCGAAACGGGGCCACCGCAACCCCCGGGGGCACCGGAGCGCUGGGGGGGGGCAGCGGAGCACCGAGGAGCCCCGGCUGCCCCCCGCUUCCAGGCAGCCUCUGUUACUAUAAAAAACCCCCGUCCUGGCGCGGCCGGGCCAGAGCGGCGGCCCCCCAGGACUGCGCCAGGCGGCCCCCCGGGGGGGACCGGUUAUGCCUGGGCACCCCCCGGCCAUGGGCAACUGCACCAAGACCCCCGAGCGGAGGCUCUCCAAGGACGGGAAGCAGCGCUCCGGCCCCCCCGGUCCCCAGGAUGGUGAGGAGCUAGCAGAGGCUGCGCAAUCACCGCCGUUGCAGAGCUACUCAGUGCUGCACGGGCUUGUGGGGCCGGCGUGCAUCUUCCUCCGGCAGAGCAUUGCCAUCACGCAGCUGGACCGGGAGCUGCGGCCAGAGGAGAUCGAAGAGCUGAAGCAAGCCUUCAAGGAGUUCGACAAAGACCGCGAUGGCUACAUCAGCUACAAGGACCUGGGCGAGUGCAUGCGCACCAUGGGCUACAUGCCCACCGAGAUGGAGCUCAUUGAGCUGUCCCAGCAGAUCACAGGUGGCAAAGUGGAUUUUGACGACUUUGUGGAGCUGAUGGGCCCGAAGAUGCUGGCGGAGACGGCGGACAUGAUCGGGAUCAAGGAGCUGCGCGACGCCUUCCGCGAGUUUGACACCAACGGGGACGGGCAGAUCAGCAUGGCGGAGCUGCGGGAGGCCAUGCGCAAGCUGCUGGGGCAGCAGCUCAACUACCGCGAGGUGGACGAGAUCCUCAAGGACGUGGAUCUCAACGGGGACGGCCUGGUGGACUUUGAAGAGUUUGUGCGGAUGAUGUCUCGCUGAAGGGCCGGGAGCCGCCGCCGUGCCUUACCGGGAGGAGGCCUCCCCGGGCCUGCGCUGCCCCGCCGGGGGGGAGCUCCCGUUGUGGCCCCCCGGGGUCGUGGGUUCGCAGCUUUGCCGGUUCCCAAUGAAGCUCUGUGCCGUCGGG